UGUAUAAAAGAACAGAGCCGAGUCAGCUGGAAUCAUUAAGGAACCCAAGUCUCUGAGAGUCAUCUACAAAAACAGACUGAGACGCAGGGGAACCUCUGGUCCAGAAACCACAUCCUCCAAAUCCAUCUCCCCGAGCAGGUCCCACACACACGACGUCCACCAUGAAGUUUCUGCUGCUGCUCUUCUGUGUGAAUUUGGGGUCUGGAAUUUACAGGGAUGGAACUGGACAACAAGGAGGUGCUGACGACACUGUUGAAGAAAUUAACAACAUGCUGAUCGCCAUUCAUUCAACACCAUUCCUUGGUAUUUAUGGUGACAGUAUGCAGGGUGAAUGUCCCCAUGGCCAACAAAGCAAAAGAACUCGGAUUCGGGCAAUGGGCUUCGACUUGGAUUUGUGGUCAGCUGUAAUGUGCACCUUUGCUGUGAUGACAACAGGUCCAGAUCAUUAUGCCCGACUGUAUAAUCCAGGUAAAACCGUUCCUGGAGUCAGCAUUCAGACGUUCUAUCUGCCACUCUAUGCUCACAACACAGCUAGUUUUAUGACCGUUCCUUGUACACUAAAUCCAACUUUCUUUGUAACUGGCACUCUGACCGGUUGUGACAUAUUUGUAGCCACUAGUGGGCAAAAUCUUAACUGCCCCCUGGUGGUCAUCCACACCAAUGCCUGUGGAACUAUGACAACUGAUACCAACCAUCAAGAAGCCAUUGCAGUCCUGUCUAUUGAUAUCUGUCACCAGCAACCGUACCAGAUCCAGUACCGCGUGGCCAGCAGUGAGCACCGCAGCAUCAUUGAACGUGGAGGGUACCACUACACAACUGAGUACUAUGAAACAUCUCAGUCAGGCAUCUUCUUUGGGUACACUCUGGGAAGUAGGUAUAUAACAACUGUACCACCCUGGAUGUUCUGUCGGAAAAAUGGACUCACUACUGCCAUAGUGUGCCACAGCGUUGCCUGAAGAACCUUACUUAUGGGCUCAUCAGACUCACAUCAUUGAUAAUUGUGUGCUGAUGUCUGUUCCUGAUGUCAUAACGUGUGCUGUUGUCUUGUAUGAGAUGCUGUGUUCAGAGUCAAGACAAUGUUGACAAAUGUAACAAAAUCAAUAAAGUGUAUUGAGCAACCAGGGA